AUGGCGAAGGGAAGAGGGGAGGAGCGAGAGACGAGGACGACGCAGGAUCGAGUCCGUCUGGUUGACCUCUCAAGGGUGUCACGUGAGCAGUGCCGUCUCGUCCACUUGCGAGGAAGCGUGGCUUUCGUCGGUUCGAGGAUGCCUGUCGUGUUGCUGGAGACGAAUCUGCCGGACGAGAAGUUCUCCGAGGAGUUCCACCUCGCCCUGUCAAAAUGCGUUGCCGAUACCUUCCACAAGCCCGAAUCUAGGGUGUCGGUGAGGCUUGCGACCGGGCAACGGAUGAGUCGGGGAGGGAGCUUCGAUCCCUUUCUACAAGUGCAGAUCACGGCCAUCGGGAUCGGGCGGGAUUCCCAGGAAGGAAAGACUCAAGUCGCUGCCGUUUCCAAAUUCCUCACCGAGCACUCUGGACUCGCACUCGACAGAGUCUACGUGUACCUGCAUCCCAUCGAGGCAUCUUGCGUUGGUCUCAACGGGACGGUUGCAUCUCUUUCCUAAGAUUCAGACCAUUCCCCUAUGGUCAACAAUCGAGUUCUAUCCCCCCUACAUGGAUUUUACAAACUUAAUAUACGAGGGCGGUUCAAAAAGUACAGUCAUUUCAAUAAUUUCUCCAGUGUGACGUUCAAAUUCGUUAACCGUGAUAACAGUGAGCAAGUGCAUGCCUCGACUGGAGUCAACGUGUGGAAUAAAACGACUGGUACCGAUGGUGCAUUCGCAAUACACUCGUGUGUGGUUUACGUGCUAGAGGAAUGUCCAUGUCGAAAAAACGGCGGAAUGCGAUCGGAUUUCUGCGUGCGAAAAUCUAGAAACCUAGUGAAAUUCACUGACAGCUUGUUGCCGAGUACCGAGACAUCACUUGAAUGACAAGUUUACUGGUAGUAAGAACGCUUUUGACAAGGGCGUGCAAGUGUAGGUGAAUUUGCGAACCUGACGCUCUGAUUGCGCACAAAUAUAUGAUCAAGUUCUUUCAGUAUGUAUGCCGUAUGCAAGAGUGUAAUGUGCGGUGCAUACACUGUGUGGAAUGCAGCAUGGUAUCAACACGUUCCACGUGUUGAUACCAGGCAAGGCAUGCACUUUCACAAAGCCAUCAGUUUACUAGAUAUAAACUCUACGGGUGAGAAAUGGACUUAACAUUCUGAAUCGCCCUCGUAUCUGUUAGUGAUAUAAGAAAAAAAAGAGGGGAGGUGCAAUCCAGAUACAUCUGUUUAUUGCUGUGAGAUGGAAUAUAUAUAUUCACUGCAAGGAUUCCCAUCCAAAUGGGAAUUCUGAUAAAAGUGAAAUUUCAAGCCUCA